ACAGGAUCUCGCUCUGUCGCCCAGGCUGGAGUGCUGUGGCUCAGUCUCGGCUCACUGCAGCCUGAACCUCCCCGACUGAAGCGAUUCUCCCACCUCAGCCUCCCGAAUUAGCUGGGACCACAGGCGCGUGCCACCACACCUGGCUAAAUUUAAAAAAAAAAAUUUAGUAGAGACAGGGUUUCACCAUUUUGCCCGGGCUGGUCUCAGACUCCUGGCCUCAGGCGAUCCACCCAUCACAACCUCCCAAAAUGCUGGGAUUACAGAUGUGAGUCACUGCCCCGGCCUAAACAAUUUUAUUUUGAUAAAGCAGGUCCCCUCCAGCAAUGGAUGGAUAGUUAAUGUUGUUUACAACAUUUCUUCUAUUCUGUCUUGCCCAACAACUUUGCCCAUCUUGAAGGUCAUACAAGGAAUGAUAAAGGGAUGAUAAUCAUGUUUGGAGAGGGCACAACCCUGAGAGAGGUAACAAAAGAGACACACUGCUAAAAAGCAGGGAGGGAAACCCAGGUGUUCUGGCCCACCCAGAGGACACUCUACUGUGCUCCACACUGCCUCUCAUGGGGGGCUGGGAUACAGAGGAAGACAGGUGUGCAGGCCUGGUCCUGUUCUGAGGACUCUGCUGAACCGGAUCCUAUGAGGUUAUUUUGUAAACCCUAAUAUAUGACUUGUAAACUGGACAUGAACAAGAAUUUGUGAUAUAGCCUCUUUACCAGGAUUGAAGAAGACAGAAAGAAAAAAAUCUUGGACAAAUUAAUUGCAGGAAGAAAUGAUCAAAUUUUGGCUUACAUAUUUUGCAACAGUGGUAUAACACAAAGAAGUAAGCAAAUAUGGCAGAAGUGUGGUGGCUUUGGCGUCUACUUUUGACCGUAGUGGUGGCCCUGUUAUUCGUGGCUCCCGGGGUUCCUACACAUCCUUCCCGAUGGAAGAAGGCAUUGGCCAAAAAGGUCAGCCAGCUGAUGGAUUGGACCAAGAAAGACAGAGUGAUAAGAAUGAGUGACACCAUGUUCUAUCAUUUUGUAUUAGAUGCACCAAAAAACUAUUCUGUUAUUGUGAUGCUUACUGCUCUCCAAGCGUUCAGUUCAUGUGUCAUGUGCAAAGGUGCUGCUGAAGAAUUUCAGAUCUUGGCAAAUUCCUAUCAACGCCCUGGUGCAUUCACCACAAAGGUAUUUUUUGCAAUUGUGGAUUAUGAUGAAAGCCCUGAGGUCUUUGAAGCGCUCCAGGUAACGUCAGUUCCGAGUUUCUUCCACUUUUCUGCCCAAUGGAAAUUUACAACAGAUGACAUUUAUAAUUUGAGAGGAAGGGAUAUUGUUGCUGACCAAAUGGCUGAAUGGGUAGCAGAAAGAACACAUGUCAGCGUCAGAAUCAGACAGCCUGCAAAUUAUCAUGGUCUCCUCAAGCCAGGGAUACUUCUGGCUCUCAUUGGUGGACUUGGGUAUUUCUUGAAAUGGAAUAGGAAAUCUAUUUCUUGCAGAAUUUUGUGCGAAGUUUUAACUCUGUGCUUUGUGAUUGUGAUGACGUCUGGUCAAAUGUGGACUUAUAUAAGAGGAGAACCAUAUGUCCAAAGGGACCCUCACACAGGACAUAAACAUUAUAUCAGUAAAUUUAGUCAGGCUCAGUUUGCAGCAGAAACAUUCAUUAUUUCCCUGUUUAAUAUGUGUGUUAGCCUGGGAAUGGUGCUGUUAGACAAGGCUGCCACCUCUAUGAUGAACAUCAUAAAGAGAAAGAUGAUGUGUCUGGCUGGUAUGUGUCUUGUUGCCAUAUUCUUCAGUUGGCUGCUUUCCCUCUUUAGAUUUAAAGUACCUGACUAUCCAUACAGCUUUGUCUGGGAUUAAAAAGGAUCCUACAGACAUAGACAAUGAAGCAAGAAAUUUGAAAAAAAAAUGUGAAGCAGAAAAAUGCAAACUCAUAGCUUUUUAAAGUAAUUGAGAUUUCACCAAAAGAGACCAUAAGUGCUUUAAGUGCUUUCAAAAUCUGUCAA